GCGGCUUUGAGCAUGUGCCUCGAUUUCCUCGACGCACAGAAGAGCGGCGACCCGGGGCUCACCCCCCACCCCCCCUGGCGCAACAGCUCUCACAUGCAAGACGGUAGCGCCGUGGGGCGGGACCUGGCAGGGGGGUACUAUGUGGAUGGGGGGGGAGUGAAGCAGACGGGGGUGACUGCAUUCGCUAUGAGCAUGCUGGCUUGGAGCAUUGUGGAGUUCGAUCCCGAGCUUGAGUCAACUGGGUUGAAGCAGCGAGCAGUAGACCUACUCAAAUGGGGAGUGGACUGGCUACUCAUGGCGGAUCUGGGCCGGGGCUGUGUCGUGGCGCAAGUGGGUGACUCUGCCGCCCAGAAUUCGUGCUGGCAGCGGCCAGAGGACGACUCUGCCGCCCGGCCCGUGUACACUGUGGUGGGCGCGAACGGGCCCGGGGCGGCGGUUCUGGCUGACAUGUCUGCUGCCUUUGCUGCUGCCUCGCAUGUGUUUGGCGAGUUUGACCCCGGAUACGCCGCCUCGCUGAGAGACCAUGCCACCAUGCUCUUUGAACUCGCCACCACCGCCACCUCCACCGAUGACGCGGCCCUGCCAGGGACUCUCCCCUACCAGCCACCCCCAUCCCCAUCCUCCUCGCCUGACUUUCAAGAUGAGCUGCUGUGGGCGGCGGCAUGGCUAUGGCGCACCACCAUGUCCGACCCCCUGCACCAAUACCUGUUGAAGCCCCAGCAUGCGUCUCUGCCCUACACGCUCGCCUUCACCCACGCUAAUAAGGCAGCGGGGGCAGCGGUGCUGCUGGCGACGUUUGUGCUGGGGCCCAUGGAGGAGGAGGAUGAGGCCACCACACAGGCAGCUGGCGCUGACGUCAUCUUCAGAUUCCAGAAGCUCGUGGAAGCUUCCAUCUGUGCUUCCACAGCCGACGUGCCGUCCAGGACCAGUGCUGAUACUUUAGCCCAGAACAUGCCAAAAACACAAGGCGGGCUGUUAUGGCUGGACGAGAAUGAGCCGCUGCAUGCAGCAAUGCAGGCGGCCUUCCUUCUCAAGACUUACUCUCGCUUCCUCAAGCAGGGAGCAGAGGAUGAGGGGCGGUGCAGUGGUGUGUCACCGCAUGCCGUGUCAACACUCUCUCGCUCCCAGAUUGACUAUCUUCUAGGGACUAAUCCGCAACAACUCAGCUACAUGGUGGGCUUUGAUGAGAAAUACCCCGAGUUCGUUCGCCAUCGAGGAGCGUUGGACAGUUCUUUCACAGUUGUUCAGGUGCGGUCAUGUUCUGACUGUCUCACCACACGUGAAAGACUAAUAUUUGAGGCCAUUGGUGGUCGGAACGACAACUGGCCCGUUAUAACAUCACGCUCGCACCUCCUUAUAAAUCGCUCCACUAUCUCCUAG